UCAGCUGUUUCGUGGAAUGUUGCCAAUUUCAAGACAAAUAUCUCCGCCAAUAUUGUUAUAUAACUUAGUGAACAAAUAAUAAAUUCUUCGUGUGAUUCUCGUCAGUUAAUAUUACAAUAGCAUCGUAGUAGAUAAGAGUGGUUUCAACACACGCUUAAGGUUUAGAGCUACGGACGCGCUGAGUGGAGUCAAGAAAAGUGUAGAAAGAAGUGAUAUUGAUUAGGAGAAUGUCGACCAUGACAACGAAGUUGAUAAGCCGACCGGCAGUUGUCAGUCGGCUGUUGUGUGGCGCGCGGAGUCCGCUGCGAAUUGAACGUACGCUCGCUGCACACAAACAAGACCCCAACAUGGCUGAGAACAAGGCGGUGACCAUGGAGAACAUCAACCCGAACAUCCUGCGGUUGGAGUACGCCGUGCGCGGCCCGCUCGUCAUCCGCGCCGCCGAGAUCGAGAAGGAACUCGAGAAGGGCGCGCGCAAGCCGUUCAGCAAAGUGAUCAAAGCCAACAUCGGAGAUGCACACGCCAUGGGACAGGUGCCCAUCACCUUCAUCAGACAGGUGCUGGCGUGCGUGACGUACCCAGAUCUCAUCGACAAGGCUGACUUCCCCCCAGAUGUUAAGAAGCGCGCCCGUGACAUACUCGGCGCUUGCGGUGGCGGGUCCAUCGGUUCGUACACAGCCUCGCACGGCAUCGAGCAGAUCCGGCAGCACGUGGCGGAGUACAUCGAGCGCCGCGACUGCCACCCCGCUCGCUGGCAGGACAUCUGCCUGAGCGCCGGCGCCUCCACGGGCAUCAAGAACGUGUUGCAGCUGCUCUGCAACCACCUCGACGGGAAGCCCUCCGGCGUGAUGAUCCCGAUCCCGCAGUACCCGCUGUACUCGGCCUCGCUGGCGGAGUACGGACUCACACAGGUGGGCUAUUACCUGGACGAGGCGGCGCAGUGGGGGCUGGCGUUAGACGAGUUGGAACGCAGCUACAAGGAGGCUCAGAAGGACUGCAAUGUACGCGCGCUGGUGGUCAUCAACCCGGGGAACCCUACCGGACAGGUGCUGACCCGCUCCAACAUCGAGUCCAUCAUCAAGUUCGCGCACGCGCACCGCCUGCUCGUGUUCGCCGACGAGGUGUACCAGGACAACGUGUACGCAGAGGGCAGCCAGUUCCACUCCUUCAAGAAGGUGCUCCGCGAACUCGGCGAGCCCUACUCCUCCACCCUGGAACUAGCCUCCUUCAUGUCCAUCAGCAAGGGCUACAUGGGCGAGUGCGGGCUGCGCGGCGGCUGGGCCGAGCUGGUGAACCUGGCGCCGCCCGUGCAGGCGCAGCUGUACAAGUGUGUCAGCGCCAUGCUGUGUCCCAGCGCGCUGGGGCAGGCCGCCAUCGACUGUGUGGCCAAACCGCCGAUGCCGGGCGAGCCGUCCUACGAGCAGUGGGCGCGCGAGAAGGCGAACGUGCUGUCUUCACUGCGAGAACGCGCCACACUCAUCGCGGACACAUUCAACCAGAUGGAGGGGUUCAAGUGUAAUGUCGUGCAGGGCGCGAUGUACGCGUUCCCUAGCUUCGAGCUGCCGCCGCGUGCGCUGGAGGCCGCCAAGGCCGCCGGGAAGGAGCCCGACGUGUUCUACGCAUUCGAGCUGCUGGAGCAGACCGGUAUCUGCGUGGUCCCCGGCAGCGGGUUCGGGCAGCGGCCCGGCACGUUCCACUUCCGCACCACCAUCCUGCCGCAGCCCGAGCUGCUCAAGCAGAUGCUGGACUCCUUCAAGCAGUUCCACCAGGCCUUCACCGCCAAGUACGCGUAACCACCGCGCCCCACCACGAGACACUGGCAGAAUCAACCACACACCAGACACUAGCAGAAUCAAACACAUGCGAUUAGCGGACACUAGCAGAAUCAACAAAUGACAGUAGCAAAGCCACCUACACCUAGCAUGUGCGCAAGAGCAAUUCUUCUCGAAUGUUUCUGUUCAACUGCAUUAUGAAGUUAAAUUACAAGUUGCAUAGUCAAUUAGUUGAAUGAAAAUUAAAAAGUUAUAGUUGAGGGCUUAAAUUGUGACUAAUUUGGUUUUUGAUAGUAAAAAUUGCGCAAAUAAAGCCAGCGUUUCUAACCGAUAUAGUUUAGAUGUUGGUAAAUGUAUGUUGAUUUAUUUAGAAUAUAUUUUAAUUAAGUAUUACACUAUCCUGUCAUAGAGACCAAGCUAUAUUUUAGCAAAAAGUAAUAAAUUGUCUGAGCAAGUAAAGUGACUAGAUUGAAUCAAGUGGUUGACAUUAUGGAUUUAGCAUAUAAUUACUUUAAAAGGUACAACUUUUAUACCUACUUGCCUAAAUUAGGUGUGUAAAAGAUAACUUUCUCUGUAUAUAUCUGUAA